CAAUCUGUCAGAAACGCAACAUGUGAUGGAAGUGGAAAACUGAUGAUUCAUCGUAGAGGGGGCAGAAUUGCAGGAUGUGCUCUGAGGCUCUGAACCUUUCAUCCAUCCCUCAUAGGCUAAAAAAGAAAAUUUCUAAAAUAUCACUGGAUCUUAAUUAAUUUCGUUGAGUAUAUAAAAGCUGCACUUCAGAUUUGAGGCUUUCCUUUCCUUCUUUUCUUUCCUCUCAUAUGGGCGUCGGUCGAUCUAAUUAUCUAUUUUAUCGCAGUACAAUGGCCCUUAAAACUUCCAUCAUAGCCGUCCGUCAACAACGAACGCCUUGUAAUUCUGUCAACAUUAACUUUUACUGCUUGAGUCAAGAUUCUUUGACAUUAUCUUGGUGUCCAGACUUUAGACAGUGAGUCCGUGGACAAUGUUGGGUUACAACAUGGCGGACAGCGAACCAUCAGAAUCGCAAAUUUGGGUUCAGAAUCAGUUGGAACGGUUUAAGGCGGAGUUUGCCGAAGCGGAUACGGACAGUGACGGACAUUUGUCAGUUGAUGAGGUCAAGGCCAUUCUCGAGAAGCAGGGAUGGAGCGGUUCAGAUGAAGAAGCUGAGGAGGUUUUCAAGAAAAUGGACAGCAAUAAAGACGGCAGAGUCAGUAUGACGGAGUACAUAUCAGCGAUAUGCAACAUACCUGUGUAUGUUCUCAGACAAAUGGCGUUACGUCGAAUGUUCAGAAUUCUCGACACCGACAACAACGGCGUUCUAACAGAAGACGAAAUCUUCGCAGCGACGAAACUCGACUUUAUGAGCAACGUGGACAUCACGAAACUACUUCUGGCUCUAGCUGCAGACUCGGACAAAAAACUCAACUACGAGGAAUUCAUCCGCGUAUUUGGGUUGGACGAGAAGAGGCGCUUUCUCAGGGAACUAUUUGACAGCUUGGAUAUUUACAACAUCCGGUUUCUAACGACUGACGUCAUUAUCGACGCGCUUUCGGCUGAUACCCGACUGCGCAUGUACGUAGAUCCGGCGAAAAUUGCUGAUCUGUUGAUCGCUACGUGUCGAAAUCAGUAUGGGAAGAUGUUUUUUGAACAUUUCGUGCGGGUCUGGACAAUGCGAGACAAAAUCCGUGUUAAUAUCUACUAG